GCUUCCUAUAUAAGCUACAUUUUCCCCUUCAUCUUCUUCACACCUCCAAACCCUCGCCUCAGAUCUAUCUUCUCUGCCUUCUUGCUCUUUCUAAAAACAUACGUAAGUGUUUCCCUUACACCCUACGACCAACGAUUUCUUCAUUUAUUCUCUUCACCAUCAUCUUUCUCUGAAUUAUUCUGUUCAUAUUUCUCAAGCCGACCUUAGAAGGUAUUGCGAUGGCUGCGGUAGAAGUUCUUUAUCCACAAGAUCCUCUGCAGAAUCGACCAAAUCGUCGACACACCAGUUUUGUCAACGCUCAUAUGAAGCCCAAGAGGAAUCCCUCAUCUAACCCUAACCCUAAUUCCAACCGUGGAACUGGGAAGUCGGAUCGGCGGAAGCGCGGGCCCCAGAAGAACGGAUCUACUGAUUCUGGUAACAGCGGAGGUCUCAAUCUCUCCAAUUCUCCGCCGGUGAAGAAGGCGGCGAUGAGUAACUUGAUUAUGGGUCAGGUGAAGAUAUUGAAACGUGGUGAGAUAUUGACUGAUACGGCGUCGUUAGUAGUAGAGUCGAAGAAGUCCGAGAUCGAGACUUUUGCUGAUAGACCGGAGAAAGGCUUUGUGUUGUCAACCCUUAGCAGGCUCGGACCUGAGCCUGAGAGGAUGCUGAAAGAGAUCAAGAUCGGUGACUUUUAUGCUGGCUCAUCCGUUACUUCUCCUCCGCCGCCUAGUUCUCUUCCUUUGCCUUCCUUUUUCACGAACAAAAACAUCCCAGGACAAAGCAACGGUGAUGCUACCAGUGAUUUAAGGCGUCUUCUGAGGCUCAACAUGUGUUGAUUUUCAUUGUGAAGAUGGUUUCUGUAGAUGGUUUAUGGAGAUCAUUUGCACUUGCAGUGAAGAUGAGGUGGUUCAGGUUGAUGAAAGUUGGGUGAUUGCAUUUGUUUCGGGCAAAACUUCCCUUAUUUUUUCAAGGGGAAGGCCGAAUCAGAAUUGAAAUUCACUCAAGUCUCUCCAUGAAAAUUUCGCUCUCUACUUCUACAUUAUGAGUCGGAAGAAGGCUACUAUUUAUUGUACCCGUUUGGUUUGGUAAAUUGUUCGAAUUGAAUUAAUAGCUAUCUGUAGUUGAAGUUAAGGUCUUUCUUAGUACUACGUAUUAUCUCAAGUGUUGGGUAAAUGUUGGAAUAAUAAGUAUGACUGACUUGUUGGUUGUAUUUUAGGAGUUGUUGUCUUGUGUUGGGGAUAUGAUGCCCUCCACAAAGUAGUUAUGCAUCG